ACCCCUGUUGGCAAAGGUAACGACGACGCCAUGUCGACGUUCACCCCUAUAGCUGAUCCUCGCUGCAACCCCCGUUACGUCCCUAGUUGACCGUGAAUCGCGAGCAAGUAUAUCGAGAAACGGGAUUUUGCGUGUUACAAGUUGAAACGCCGAGGUUAUCGCCGAGCACCAGGUCACUGUCGCUAGGCGAAUCUGUGCUAUGAAUGAAGACCCAACCCUUUCAUUUCGAGGUCUUGAUAGUGUUACUCUUGUCUGUAAUCCCCUGGCCAGGACCCAGCGUCUUUAAAAUAUCAUGCCCCCGCGAUCGAGCGUCCGUGGUGAGGAGGAUAGUGCAGAAGAGAUGGAUGCCAAUCCUGAAGAAGCAUCAAGUAGAGCUGCCGCUGGAGUGUCCGUUCCACGAAAGUCGAGACAUUUUUCGGCCCCAGCAAAGGGCGAAACAUCAGCACAGACCGUCACAAUGGACUUGCGGCCUGUGCGGCAAGUCUUUCUAUGCAGAAAAACACUUGGAUGCCCAUUUCGAUAACAGACACAAGAGUAACGUUAACACGGCGGAGGACGCGGUGUGCCUCGCGGAUUACUGCGACAUCAUGAGGUGCGACGUGCUGGGUAACCGAGACUUCGAAAGUUCUCUGGUGGACGACGAGGCUGGCCACCACAGCACAGACAUACAAGUCUGGAAAGAAAACACGGAGCAACGUUCCACUUCUGUGAUGCCUUGUGAGUCGCGAGGCAGCUUCUCGAGGACGUAUUCGGUAGAAAAAGCCUGCACUAUAGGCGGUGGCGGUGCUGUCACCAACAUUCAGCAAUACUGUCAUCGAGAGGACAGCGGCGCUUUAGAGAAUCAUCGUCUGCCAGGGACGGCGUAUCACGUGGAAAUCGCUGGUCCUGAUAACAAGAGCAACGCCUGCGACAAUGACGAGGAGGACGAGGACGAAGAGGACGACGAAGACGACGAGGAGAACCUUGUGGAAGCGGCAUUGCCAGCCGUCGAUAAGAAGAGGCGUAAGGGGUUGCAUCUGAGGAAGCUGAAGGCCAACUGCAAGCCGGAGGAGCUGCAAAAGCUGAAGUUGCAGUGCGAAGUAUUGAUCCGCGAUUGUAUCGCUGGACUUCUGACGAAUCUUUCGGUACGAGAUUUCCAGGAGAUCGAAGGAGAAUUGAAUCGUGCGAUAUGUUGGUACCUCAGCUGCGACAGAUAUUGGGAGGACACGAAAAGGCAACAAAGACACACACCCUGGUACCUGUUAACCAUAUUUCUGAUAGUUCUGUUCUCGUCGAUUUACGCGUGCUACUACAUUAUUUGGGUGCUGUUUAAUUCAGCGGAAGAAGACAGGCUGGACGGAACCGGGAGCUUAGAUUACACGGAUGGAGAUCUCACGGCUACGUCCUCGUUACACGAUCAGAGUGGUCCUGGCGAAAGUAGAUCCAGCGGAAGAAGAAAAGGUGAGCCAGGGGACGAUAAUUUGCCUUCGAACGAAGAAAUGCCCGACCAUUACAUAUACGUAACCUAUCCACCAGAGCUAAAGCAGCGAUUACUGGACAGUGAUCCUCCUGGUUGCAGCUGCUACAACAGAACCACUCGACUUUAAAGUCGAAGAGAUAGGAGAAGGUUGGACAAAGAUUCGAUCGGAAACACGAGAUACAGCUCGCCCGAUUCCACGAGUCAGUUCCAUGGCUGACACCACCUUCUUCCUUAUUUUUCCUCCACCUUUAAUCUUCGUGUUUUGUAUACCAGAUGUGGGAAUAAAUUGCAAGAUGUACACGAGAAAA